GGGCCCAUAACCCAGGGCACUACUAUCUCUGCUUACGUGGCCAAGUCCAGGAAAACAUUGCUUGUAAAAGACAUCCUUGGGGAUGAGAUUUUUCCAAGAGGUACUGGACUGGAAUCAGAGCUUGCCAAUUAUCACUGUUAUUGGUGAUUUGAUUGGCAUUCUCGAGCUGUACUGGCACUGGGGCAAGGAAGCCUUCUGCCUCAGUCAUCAGGAGGUUGCAACAGUAAAUCUUGCCUGGGCUUCAGUAGCAAUACAUCAGGUGCAGGUAGGCAGAGGUCUUGCCAAACAGGCUGAACUGAAUGACUUUCUACUAGAUGUAUCAAAAACAUAUUUUGAUAACAUAGUCGCUAUAGAUUCCCUACUUGAACACAUAAUGAUAUAUGCAAAAAACCUGGUGAAUGCCGAUCGUUGUGCACUUUUCCAGGUAGACCAUAAGAACAAGGAGUUGUAUUCAGACCUUUUUGAUAUUGGAGAGGAAAAAGAAGGAAAACCCGUCUUUAAGAAGACCAAAGAGAUAAGAUUUUCCAUUAAGAAAGGAAUCGCUGGUCAAGUGGCGCCCGAACAGGGACCUGAAAGUUGA